AUGGCAGCCCCACUGGCCCCUACUGCGCCAAUUGAGCUGAUCCCAAAUGAGAUUCUCGACGCCAUCCUGGACCAUCUGGUGGCGUCAGAUUUGGUGAACCUCUGGAAAUGCAGCACCCAGCUCUCCUACCGAACUCUCGACGCCCUAUUCCGGUCUCCCCCAGCCUGCAGCCGUUCCAUGCUAAUCGCCUGCAAGACCGGCGAUGUACGUCUUAUCCGCGCAGCCUUGUCCCACGGGGCCGAUGUCGACAUCAUCACCGUGGACCAUUCCGACACCAAGCUGUUCGAGGACCCGAAUCACAGCAACAUGAUAAUUGGCCCCGAGGUCGAGGAGUUGUCUACAUUGGUACUGACCGCCAAAAGAAAGCACAAUGAAGCCUUCAUCGCGCUACUGGACAUCGGAGCAAAUCCCGGUUCCCUGAACAAGUCGCAGCAGAAGGUUCUAGCCAAGGCUGUCAGGAGAAGCUCCUGUGAGCCCAUGCUACGAAGAUUGAUGGAUGCGGAAUCCGCAUCAAGCCCACUGCUGACAAUCGUAAAUGGCGAGAUAAACCUUGUCGCGCUGAUGCGUCGAGGGGCAUCUCUCAGCCUCUUGGAAGCUCUCAUCGACAAGGGUGGCGACCCAAACAGCGUAACCCGUGGAGCAGACAAGACCACGCUCCGCUCGCCGUUAUCUCAAGCUAUUGAGAUGGGGUCUGUACCUGUAUUUGAGCUUCUCAUCGGGAAAGGCGCGGAUGUCCAAGGCCGACUGGAGUGCUUUGGCAAGUUUCACCACAAGCCCGACGACCCAUUCAUAUAUCGCCGCCCGGGCCAUAUACCGAUAUUCGCCGCCGCUUCGCGCAUGGCCAGAACUGGACGUUGCGACAUGAUGGAUCUCUGUUUGGGGCUUGGUGCCGAAAUCAAUAUGAUAGUCCCUGCCUUCCUAGGCAACACGUUCAUGAGCAUAAAUUUAGCGUGGGGCAAAUUCUUUGCGAUGACACCACUGCUCUUUUACCUCGAGGAGAUACAGCGCUGGCCGGUCAACACGGGUCUGGAUCCCCAAAAUGGUAUCGCCUACUUUAUCGAGAGGGGCGCGAGUGUAGACUUGGCUGAAAAGAUUGACGUCAAGGGGGCGUGGAUGGAGAAGUCUGAGAUUAAUCCAGUUGCACAUGUAUCUGCGGUGGAGAUCUUGUUAUACAAGUGGGAUCUGAGGGGAUUAGGAGAAGAGCAAUUGUUCAACACAGUUCACUAUUUGGUCGAACUAGGCUCUGGUGCCACUCGGUCGUUGGAAAUCCUGACUGAGUUUGGGGACGAGUCACAGCAGAGCAAGCAACGGCCUGGCGAUUCCCGUCUGUUUGAUGACCCAGAAGAGGCACCACCUGCGUGGUGGACAAUCGCCAGUCUCAUCGUAGACAGGGCGCAACAGGUGCAUCCCAAUGACUUCAAAUGGCUGCUAAGCACAUAUCCAGUAGAAAGGGGUACGCGCGCAUUGGUAGAGUCGGGCUCGACAGACCAGUACAUGAAAGACGCGAUCCUCAGCAGCGUCAUGUUUUCCAUGUCCGAGCGCAUUGAGUGCUUCGGAUCAUACCAACGCCUCAUACUUGAUCGUAUCCAGGCUGCGGGCGCGGACAUUAACGGGUUUCUCGGCAAAGAACAUAUUCUGGCGCUGAGGAGGAUCUAUAAUGGUACGGGAUUGCCUUGGGAUGAAGAUGAUACGGGGAGCCGGGCUCUGCAUAGAAUCCUCAGCAGCGUGCGGAGGAGGGUUAAGCAGAUGAAGCAUUCCCCGAAGUUGUAUGUGACUAAUAUGAGGGAAGAUCUCCGGGCGUUUUGUUUGGAUCUUGUCGAAAGAGGUGCAGAUCCUCAUCUAACCCUACACGGACGGACGGCUAUAGGGAUUUUGAUAGACACCGUAUCUCUUUCACUUCCUGUCAGCGAGCCUUGCCAAGAGUUGGCUCGAGCGAUUGAGGAUGCCCAUGAGAGAUACCUGGAGAAUCAAACCCUUGUUGGGCUAUGA